UUCUAACCUAAUGAACCUACAAUUCCUACAAAUUAACAUUAAAACUGUCAGAAAAAUAACUUUGGUUCAUAAUCAUAAAAACAGUGGUAGAAAUAUUAUAGAAAUAAGAAUACAAUUAUAUACAAUAAAAUUAUUGAAAUAAUAACAAAUGCAUUAAUAAUAGGUACAUGUGUAAUUAAUAGUAAUUAUUCUGAGCAUAACACAUAAAUAUGAAGAAUUCCAACGCAGGAGUUUGUGCAAUAAAAGAUGAAUAUGUGUUACAAAAAUCCAAUAUAAUUGAAGAAAAAUCACACAAUCUUGAAAAACGUAAACUAGAUGAGAGUUCCGCUUCAUUUGAUGAUAACAAUUUAGAAUUUAAGAAAACUAAAAUAGAAACAACUGAGGAUAAAAACGAUUCUAAAACUAAAAAGCGAGGCCAAAACAAAUCUCGACCAAAAAUAUUCAAAGAUGGCAAGGAAAGCAAACCAUGUCCCACUAUCCUUGAUGUCGAAUCUUCAGAACAAUUGAAAAUUUGUCAAUAUAAUAAUUGUAAGUUUAUACAUGACUCAAAACAAUUCCUUAACAGUAAACCUAAAGAUAUUGGAGAUCAAUGCCAUGUCUAUAAAGUUCGUGGAAAAUGCCCGAGAGGAAUUGCUUGUCGAUAUGGUUCUGAUCAUAUCACUGCUGAUGGAUUUAAUAUAGUUAAUAGAGAAAAAUUUGAUCAAUGGAAAGACGACACAAAGAACACCUUACAACCCUCUCUUCAAACACAGUUGCAAAAGAAAAAAUAUAAUUUUGAUUUAGCUGAAAAACUUGUGAAACAUCUAGACACCAGAAAUAAGUCUGUUGACAAAAAUUUAAAUACUAGUGCUGAUGUUGGUGAAGAUAUCAAAAUUGGUGCUGUAACUGAUGAAGACUUAAUUAAACUGUUACCCAGAGAGAGAAAAACCAUUGACUGGAACAACAAGCUAUAUCUUAGUCCUCUAACUACAGUAGGGAAUUUACCGUUUAGAAGAAUUUGCAAAGAAUUUGGUGCUGAUGUAACUUGCGGUGAAAUGGCAUUGUGUGAAUCAUUAUUGAAAGGAUUAAAACAAGAGUGGGCACUGGUUAAAAGACAUGAAACUGAAGAUCUAUUCGGAGCUCAAAUAUGUGGCAAUAAUCCUUACAUAAUCACUAAAGUUGCACAAUUAUUACAAGAAAAUACAGAGCUUGAUUUUAUAGACUUAAACAUAGGGUGUCCCAUUGAUUUAAUCUACAAAAAAGGUGGAGGAAGCGGAAUGAUGCAUAGAUUACCUGCAUUAGAAACCUCUGUUAGGUGUGCUUCAAAGCUAUUAAGUAUACCAUUUACAGUAAAAAUGAGAACAGGUGUAUAUCAAGAUAAAAAAAUUACACACACUAUUGUACCAAAAAUGUCAAACUGGGGUGCAUCUCUGAUCACAGUUCAUGGAAGGUCUAGAGAAGCAAGGUAUACAAAGUCUUCAGAUUGGGAGUACAUAGAAACAUGCGCCCAAGCAGCAACACCAUGUCCAGUAUAUGGCAAUGGAGACAUUUUUAGUUAUGAAGAUUAUGUAGAAAUGAGAAAAAUUGCACCAACUGUCAAAGGUAUUAUGAUUGGACGUGGAGCCCUUAUAAAACCAUGGAUAUUCAAUGAAAUAAAAGAACAAAAAAUAUGGGACAUAAGCAGUAAAGAUAGAUUUGAAAUUUUGAAAAAAUAUUCAAACUAUGGAUUGGAGCAUUGGGGUAGUGACACACAAGGAGUCGAAAGUACACGACGAUUUUUACUUGAAUGGCUAUCUUUUUUAUACCGAUAUGUUCCUGUUGGAUUAUUAGAAAGGCCUCCGCAAAGGAUCAAUGAAAGGCCUCCUACUUAUUUUGGUAGAGAUGAUCUUGAAACAUUGAUGGCGUCAAGCAACUGUACAGAUUGGAUAAAAAUCAGUGAAAUGCUAUUAGGUCCUGUUCCAGAUGGUUUUCAAUUUCUACCUAAGCACAAAGCUAAUUCUUAUUAAAUAAUUUGAA